AUGGCCGAGCCGCAGGUGCCGGAGGUGCUGCAGGAGGUCACGGUCAGCACCGAGCCCCCCCCCGGCCCCCCCGAAGAUGACGGCUGGCAGAGCGCUGCCGAGGCCGAGAGCUCCCGCGACGAGGACUCGGAGGAGCCUCGGGGGACGCCCCGGCGGGACCCCCCGGACCCGGCCCGCCCCACCUGCGAGCUCUGCGGGAAAAGCUUCACCUCGGACUCGUCCCUGAGCCGCCACCUGCGCGCCCACCCGGGCGGGGCCCCGUUCAGCUGCUUCCGCUGCCGCAGCGCCUUCCCGUGCGGGGCCGCGCUGCGGGAGCACCUGGGCACGCCGUGCCAGCCCCGGCCGCACAAGUGCCGCUCCUGCCCCAAGCGCUUCGCGUCCGCCCGCUCGCUGCAGAAGCACCGGCGCGUCCACCUGGACGGCGCCCUGCGCUGCCCGGACUGCGGCAAAACGCUCACGUCCAAGGCGUCCCUGGUCACCCACCGGCGCAUCCACACCGGGGAGCGCCCGUUCGCCUGCCCGGACUGCGGGAAGGGCUUCAUGGCCUCCAAGUCGCUCAGCAAGCACCGGCAGGCGCAGCACGGCGGCGGCUUCAUCUGCUCCGACUGCGGCAAGAGCCUCUCGUCGCACCCCGCGCUGGUCACGCACCAGCGCAUCCACACCGGGGAGCGCCCCUACGAGUGCCCCGACUGCGGCAAGGGCUUCAUGGCCGUCAAAUCGCUCAGCAAGCACCGCAAAACGCACCGGGACGGGCCCGCGGGAGCCGCGCCCGCGCCCUGCCCCGACUGCGGCCCCGGCGGAGCGGCCGCGCCCUGCCCGCACCGCCGGCGGUCCCUCGGGGACAGCCCCGGGAGCGGCGCGGGGGUCCCGGCCGCCCCCCCGGGGGUCCCGCGGCCCCUCGGGGACAGCCCCGAGAGCGGCGCGGGGGUCCCGGCCGCCCCCCCGGGGGUCCCGGCCGCCGCCCCGGAGCCCCCGCGGCCCCACAAGCGCCGCCGCCCCGCGUGCGAGGAGUGCGGGAAGGCGUUCCGGGACGGGGCCGCGCUGCGGCGGCACCGGCGCGUCCACACCGGGGAGAAGCCGUUCGGCUGCACCGAGUGCGGGAAGAGUUUCCGAGCCAACUCCAGCCUGGUCAUCCACCGGCGCAUCCACACCGGCGAGAAGCCCUACCCCUGCUCCCGCUGCGCCAAGAGCUUCGUGUCCCGCUCGUCCCUCAUGAAGCACCUCCAGACCCACCUGCGCAGGGAGCUGCUGGAGGGGGCGCGGCCCUGA